AUGGCAAAUGAGGGUAUUGAUUUGGAGGAAGGUUCAGAAGAUAGUGAUGAGAUCUUAGGAACUAUUGGAGUAAGAGGUGAAUUUAAUAGAGUAGUUCUAAAUGCUUCUCAAGGAACCUUAAGUAGAGGCAGUGGUAAGAGGAAGAGGGACGAAAGCAGUAACAAUAGAAAGAAGAAUAAGUUACCUAGUACAAGUCAAAUAGUAGAUGCAAUGAGUGUAAUAGCUCAGACAAUAAAGGAAGAAUCUCAACAGGCCAAGGAAACAUCAAUUCCUGAAGUCAUAUCUAUAGUCAAACAAUGGGAAGAAGUUGCAACUGACAAACAUUGGGUUUCACGAUGCAUGUCACUCUUCAUGUCCCGAGAGGCUAGAGUGAUGUUUUUGACAAUGAAGGAUGAUAAAGAAAGUGUUUUGAAGUGGUUGAGAUAUGAAUGUUACAAAAAUGAUUGA